UUUCAUACAAUACUUGCUCCCUCUUGUCCCUCUCUCCGUAUUAUUAGGCUACAAAUCAAAAGACCCACAAACCCAGAAAAGCCUUAAUUUUUCAGAGGAAAAUAGAGAGAGAAGUAGACCGAGGGGAGGAUUACCACACCAACUUCUUGGAUUUCGCUUCUUCCUCUGAAAUUCCUCAACAUUUUCUCUUCAUUCGUUAAUUAAUUUUUCUUCUUAGCUCAAAAAAUACACCCCACUUCAAAUUUUUUUGGUUGAAACUUGAGAAUAUGCAAAUGGGUGCUUACUUUCCAACUUUGUCUUUCUCCUACACACUAUCUCAACUGUAGUUGGAGAAAUUGAGAUAUCAUUGGCAUCAUAACCAUGAAAUUAGGAACAAAGAAAGGAUGGAAGUCUAUAAUGCCUUUACGUUUAAGGGGCAAAUCAGCAACACGAUUUUGUUUGUUUUCCAAAGCAAAAUCAUCUAGCCCUGAUCCAGGAAAUACUCCUGUUUACCUCAAUGUUUAUGACCUAACUCCCAUGAAUGGAUAUCUCUAUUGGGCUGGCCUUGGAAUUUUUCAUUCUGGUGUGGAAGUUCAUGGUGUAGAAUAUGCUUUUGGAGCUCAUGAUUACCCAACUAGUGGUGUUUUUGAAGUUGAACCACGGCAAUGCCCAGGUUUUAAGUUUAGAAAAUCAAUAUUAAUUGGUACAACGUGCUUAGAUGCGAAGGAAGUCAGAGAGUUCAUGGAAAGGCAUGCUGCAAGCUACAAUGGAGACACAUACCACUUGAUUGUCAAAAACUGUAACCACUUCUGCAAGGAUGUGUGCUACAAGUUGACUGGGAAAAAGAUCCCCAAAUGGGUUAAUCGACUAGCCAAGAUAGGUUCAGCAUGUAAUUGUGUACUCCCUGAAACACUAAGGGUUAAUGCUGUCCAAGAAGAUGCCAGUUUGGUGACAUAUGAUAAUGAUAAGAAAAGACUAAAGAAUGCCUUCAGUUGUCUAUCAUCAAUCUCUAUGCGUCAAAGGCAAUUGUCAGCUUCUUCGUUGUUCCUACGUUCACCAUUAAAGAGCUGUUUGCCUUCAUGUGAACUCAAGAGCUCCAAAAAACGUUCACUAACCGAAAGGUAAAAAGAGCAAGCAAAAAAUAUCCUGUAGGGUUUUCUAUAGAGUUAUUCUGAAUCAUUUAGUUGCAUAUUUUAUGCUAAUCUUAGCUCUGUAUCUCUGUAAGAUUCUAGGAGAAGUUCGCGGGGAAAUUCAAUGUAAGUUGUUUUUGUAAUUAUGUGAUUUUUAAGGUUUCCCCAUCUUGUAGUAGUCAUCUCUAUUUACUGGUUUGUGUUGCAUUCCACUACUGUAAUCUAUUUGCCUGUAACAUUACCUCCUGAUGGAGUUUUUUAUAUUGUCAAUUCUGGCGGCAACUGUUAGCACCACAAAAAAAUUAGUGCUAGCUGCCAGAAGUUAAUGGUCUUUUUAAUGUCAAAUCAACUUCUAGUUAGCUCAAUUCUUCAGAAUUAUAAUAUUUCAGUAA